UUCAGGAUGAUAAAAUGGAGAAGCUUGAUGAGAUUGUCAAGAAGUACCCUUGUGCCUUCCCCUGUUGGAUAGGGCCAUUCCAGGCAUUUUUCUAUAUCUAUGACCCAGACUAUGCAAAGAUAUUUCUGAGCAGAACAGACCCGAAGGCCCAGUAUGUGCACCAGUUAAUGACUCCAUGCAUUGGAAGAGGACUCCUGAAUCUAGAUGGACCCAGGUGGUUCCAACACCGCUGCCUCCUAACUCCUGCAUUCCAUCACGAUAUCCUGAAAACUUGUGUGGACAUGAUGGCCCACUCUGUGAACACGAUGCUGGAUAAAUGGGAGAAGAGUUGGAGUGCUCAGGAAACAACCAUGGAGGUUUUUGAACACAUCAACUUGAUGGCCCUGGACAUAAUCAUGAAAUGUGCUUUUGGCCAGGAGACCAACUGCCAGAUAAACAGAACCUAUGAGCCUUACAUGAAGGCAACAUUUGAACUUGGCGAAAUCAUAUCUUCUUACUUGUACAAUUUCUGGCAUCAUCAUGACAUAAUUUUCAAAUUCAGCCCUAAGGGUCACUGCUUCCAGGAGUUAGGCAAAGUGAUACAUCAAUGCACAGAAAAGAUAAUUCAGGACAGAAAGAAACUCCUCAAGGAUGGAAUAAAGCAGGAUGACACUCAAAAGUCUCAGGAUUUUCUGGAUAUUGUCCUUUCUGCCCAGGCUGAAGAUGAAAGAGCCUUCUCAGAUACGGACCUGCGGUCUGAGGUGAACACCUUCAUGUGGGCAGGGCAUGACGCCUCUGCAGUCAGCAUCUCCUGGCUCCUCUACUGCCUGGCUCUGAACCCUGAGCAUCAAGACAGAUGCCGGACAGAGAUCAGGAGCAUCCUGGGAGAUGGUUCUUCCAUCACCUGGGACCAGCUAGAUGAGAUGUCAUACACCACAAUGUGCAUCAAGGAGACACUUCGCCUGAUUCCUCCCAUUCCAUCCAUCUCCAGAGAACUCAGCAAGCCCCUUACCCUCCCAGAUGGACACUCGCUUCCCGGAGGAAUGACUGUGGUUCUUAGCAUUUGGGGUCUCCACCAUAACCCUGCUGUCUGGAAAGACCCAAAGGUCUUUGACCCCUUGAGAUUCACUAAGGAGAAUUCUGAUCAGAGACAUCCCUGUGCCUUCCUACCAUUCUCCAGUGGCCCAAGGAACUGCAUCGGGCAGCAGUUUGCCAUGCUGGAGUUAAAGGUGGCCAUUGCUUUGAUUCUGCUCCAUUUCCAAGUAGCUCCAGACCUCACCAGGCCUCCUGCCUUCUCCAGCCACACUGUCCUCAGACCCAAGCAUGGAAUCUAUUUGCACUUAAAGAAACUCCAUUAAUGUUAGAUACAACGGGGCAAUGGUAAAUUUCUUUUUAAGUUAAAUUUAUAGCCAGUGGUCCAGGCAAUUGGAGAGGACCAUAUGUCUGAUGGGAGAGUUGGAGGAUCGUGGGUUGGGGCAUCUCUACAGCUGCACAUUUACCCUCAAGACAUGUUCAGGUAACACAGGUGACCCUGGAUAUGUAUUACUUGGAGAGAUUUUCAAGUUAUUUUCUAAUGAUUAUGUCCAUGCCUAUCACUGCGUGACUUCUAUAUAUUUUCUGUUUUUUAAUAGUUUCCAUAAUUACAUAAGUAACAGGAGAAUGGAUGUGUGCUGAAUGUAAAAAAUUUUCCAGCCCUAGGAGGUGUAGCUAAAAUCCCACCUCACCCGGGCUGCACUCUCUGCCCUGACAGAGCCUCCCGCUUUCCCAAAAAGCAGAGUAAUUUAGUAUGCAUUCUUUCUGACUCUUUCCUGCAUAUUCCAUAUAUAGUGUCCACGUGUGUUCUUAGACAUGAGAUCGUGUCUGCAUCGUCCUUGCAUUUUCUCGAUUACUAGAAGACCCACCCUAAUCACUGUCCUAAGGUUGUACUUUUCUACAAUGUGAGUGGCCUAUGACUCUUUAACUUUCUACUAUUGGAUAGCUAAAUAGAUUUUUUAAAUGUAUUCAGCCAUUGUUCUCUGCCCCCUCCCGUGUGUAUACUCAGGUGCACAUGUGUGUCCAAGCAUGUAUUCACAUGUGUCCACAUGCAUACAGAGGCCAGAGGUCAGCCUCAGGUGACAUUUUUAGGUUCCAUCCCUUUUAUUUUCAGACAGGAUCUCUUAUUGACCUAAAGCUCACCCAGUAGGUAAGACUAAUGAGUCCCCAUGAUCUACCCGUCUUUACCUCCCCAGCUCUGGGAUUACAAGCAUGUGUACCAUGCCUGGCUGUUUUUACAUAGAUUCUGGGGAUUGAACUCAGGCCCUCAAACUUGUAUAGCAAGACUUUACCUAUUGAGCUACCUAUCUAGUCCCUGUCUUUAUUGAGGCAGCACCAUCUAUCUUUGUUUUUCUGUGAUUUUUUCUUACUUACCCAUAUAUACUUUAUAUAUUGUGGAUAAUAAUUCUUGCUUAUAACUUUUAUUUGUAAUUUCCAGAUCCUUUUGCUUUUAUUAACUGUAGGUAUGAUAUAUUUUAUAUAUGAAAUGCUUUGAUUUUCAUAAGUAAGCUAUACUAGCAGUGCAGUAGUGGUGUAUCCCUUUAAUCCCAGUACUAAGGAGGCAGAGUCAGGCACAUUUCUGUGAGUUCGAGACCAGCCUGGUCCACAAAAUGAGUUCCAGGACACC